AUGUUAGCGCCACACAUCUUAGCCAAAAUUGCUUUUUUGGCCUUGACCUCUACGACGUACAACAAAAGCAUCGCUGGGAAAAUUGUCCUGCCUAGUGGUACCUUAAAAAAACUCUUGCAGUUGGCUCUACGCCUUAAUCGACCCCACUGGAUGUGCGCAGAUGCUCACGAUACAAACCACAUCUGUCUAUGA